CUUACAGUACAUUCUACAUCGUUGGUCUGGUGCUCUCCAUGCAGAUCCCCUUUGUGGGGUUCCAGCCAAUCAGGACCAGCGAACACAUGGCUGCAGCAGGUAAGGACCAAUCACCUGGGACCGUGUGUUUGCGGUUGCUCCAGGCCUAUGCCUUCCUCCAGUACCUGAAAGACAGACUGACCAGACAGGAGUUCCAGACCCUGUUCUUCCUGGGGGGUCCUGGCUGCUGGGGCAGUCUUCUCACUGUUAUAUACCUGACUUAUACAGAUACAGGACACAUCGCUCCUUGGAGUGGUCGAUUCUAUUCACUGUGGGAUACCGGGUAUGCUAAGAUCCACAUCCCCAUCAUAGCGUCUGUGUCGGAGCACCAGCCCACCACCUGGGUCUCGUUCUUCUUCGACCUCCACAUCCUGGUCUGUACCUUUCCUGCUGGACUCUGGUUCUGCAUCAAGAACAUCAACGACGAGAGAGUCUUCGUGGCCCUGUAUGCCAUCAGUGCUGUCUACUUUGCUGGAGUGAUGGUCCGUCUGAUGCUGACCCUGACCCCUGUAGUGUGUAUGCUGUCAGCUAUAGCCUUCUCCAGCGUGUUUGAACACUACCUAGGGGAUGACAUGAAGAGGGAGAGCCCUCCCAUAGAGGACAGUAGUGAUGAGGACGACAAGAGGAACUCUGGAAACCUCUAUGAUAAGGCAGGGAAGGUCCGUAAGCACGUCUCAGAGCAGGAGAAGACAGAGGAAGGUCUGGGGCCCAACAUUAAGAGUAUCGUCACCAUGUUGAUGUUGAUGCUGCUGAUGAUGUUCGCUGUCCACUGCACCUGGGUUACUAGUAACGCCUACUCCAGCCCUAGUGUGGUGCUGGCCUCUUAUAACAACGAUGGGUCGAGGAAUAUUCUAGAUGAUUUCCGCGAGGCCUACUAUUGGCUAAGGCAGAACACAGAGGAGCAGGCCAGAGUGAUGUCGUGGUGGGACUAUGGCUAUCAGAUAGCAGGGAUGGCCAAUCGGACCACACUAGUGGACAACAACACCUGGAACAACAGUCAUAUAGCACUGGUGGGCAAGGCCAUGUCGUCCAAUGAGAGUGCAGCGUAUGAGAUCAUGAGGUCUUUGGACGUGGACUAUGUGCUUAUUAUCUUCGGUGGCGUGAUUGGCUACUCUGGUGAUGACAUCAACAAGUUCCUGUGGAUGGUGCGGAUCGCAGAGGGAGAGCAUCCCAAAGAGAUCAGGGAGAGUGACUACUUCACCCCCCAGGGAGAGUUUAGGGUGGACAAAGCGGGGUCUCCCAUCCUGCUCAACUGUCUGAUGUAUAAGAUGUCGUACUACCGCUUUGGAGAGAUGCAGUUGGACUUCCGAACGCCGCCAGGUUUCGACCGGACGCGUAACACUGAGAUCGGUAACAAGGACAUCAAGCUGAAACACCUGGAGGAGGCGUUCACCUCAGAACACUGGCUGGUCCGGAUCUACAAGGUCAAGAAGGAGGAGAACAGGGACCCCCUGGUGCACAGCCCCCGCAGCAGCAGCAGCAGCAGACAAAAGUACACCUCUAAAAAGACGGCGAAGAGGAAGCGUGGUCAUGUGAAGAACAAACUUGCCCUCAAGAAAGGCAAGAAACUGAACAACAAGAAAUCAGUUUAACCAUAAAAAACGACCACAAAGGCACUAUGAGGGAGAGAGAGGG